AUGCUCGUCUGCUCACCAUGUCGCCUCCAGACGAUCGGCUUCUAUGUGGCGCAGCACCCGUGGCUGAAGGCGGCGGGCUUUGUGAAGAUCGGCUACAGCACGUGUGUCGAGACGCGUCUCCACAUGGCCUCUUUCAAGACGUGCUUUACCCCGGAGUGGUACUAUGCGUCUGUAUUUGAGUGCCAGACCAGCCAAGAUGCACUGCUGCUGGAGCAGUCGGUGCUCUUUUGCCUGAGCGCUAAACGGGUGGAGCACCGCGAGCUGAUUAGGCUCAGCGAGGAUGAAGUGACGGAGACAGCGGCAGUGCUGGCGCGCAAACUGCGCCUCUCCGUUGUUCAGCGCAUACUUCCGCGGUACGAAGGCACGCUGGCCACAACUCCGCUCGGCAAACCGCGGCAGCAAGCCGAUUGUCACGCUUUCCCCGACGCGGAACCCACAGAAACAGACGAGGAGCAGGCUGCGAUUCCGCUGUCUUCUGCCAUGGUCUCCGCCACCAUUGGACCGUACCGUGGAGUUCUCGACGGCGCCAAGGCUGAAUUGCAUGCAGCUCUCCCAUCUCUCGAUGAAGGCGUCUAUUCUGCUGCGAGUGCAGACGAGGAGAACGAGGAGGGCCUCACCAGCGGGGACUUCAGGUUCCUCUCUACCUGGAUCGACAACAACGACUACUCCAUUGAUGCGCUUCGGCCCUACCAGCAGGAGGCUAUCGCCCGUCUCACGGCAGAGCUUCGCGAGCGCAAGAAAGCCGUGUGUCAGAUGGCGUGCAGAUGCGGUAAAACACCAGUGGCGUACCACAUCAUUCAACGCACUCUCCAGGAGGGUGGUAGCGCGCGCGUUCUCUACCUUGUUCCUGGCCUUUCCCUCCUUCGACAGACAGUGCGCAAGCUCGUCUCCUACGGCCUGCGGGACACGCCGUUGCUCAUCAUCGGCUCCGACCCACUCCCAGUGAUGCUGUGCGGGAACCAGAGUCAGUCAAUGACGACAAACCCUGUCGUGAUUCGGGAAACCGUUUUGGGCAAUCCCAAAGUGGUCGUCCUCUCCACCUAUCACUCCUCUCCACUGCUCAAGGAGCUGAACAUCUUUCAGCUGACCGUUUUCGACGAGUGCCACCGUGUGUGCGGCAGCGCCACCGAUACCGCAUUCAACACUAUCCUGAAGCUUCCCCUGCACGGCCAGCGCCUCUUUCUCACUGCCACCCCAACGUACGACACACCCAUCAAAAUGAGUGACAGCGACUACUUUGGCGGCAUCGCCUACCGCUACUACCUCCGUGAGGGCAUUAACAGCGGCCACGUGAACCCCUUCUCUGUGCGCAUUGUUCUGGGUGCUAACAUGUCGCACAUGUGCCCGUAUCUUUUUGAGGCCAUGCGUGUGGUGGAUAAGAUGCUCGUCUUUUGCCGCAACAUCUCCCAUGCGCUAAAGAUAUACGACGAGUUGCUCGCCGAGACACCCCCAAGCGAUGUCACGGCCUUUUCCGUGCUCAUCGCGCACUCGCGCAUGGGCAGCGCGGCAGUUGCCAACGCUCUACAGUCUUUCGCAGCGACGAAGCGGUGCCUUCUGCUGAAUGUGCGCCUUUUCCAGGAGGGGGUGGAGAUACCCGACCUCAACGCCGUAUUUUUCGCAGCGCCGCGGUUCAGCUCGCGCGACAUCAUUCAGACCAUUUGCCGCCCGCUGAACAAACUGGAUGGCAAGCCGGCAUCGUUCGUUUUUCUGCCGGCCGUCUUUGACCGCAGGUACGCCGCGGAUCACCCGAUCAACUUACAGAGUUUCUCCACUCUCAUCCCCUUCACCGAUGCUCUCAUGGACGAGGACCCGACGCUGUUUGAAUACAUGAUCGACCCCCAGAAGAAAUCGUACGACAUUGACGUCGUCGGCGUCCGCGCGCUCAAGCUAACGUCGGAGAAGCUCCAACGAUUCAUUCUGCCAGCCAUUCGGCGCGGUGUGCGCUACUCCACUCGCGACACCGACCGCCUGCACCGCGCUGCGCGACUCCCGUGGAAGAGCAUCUUUGGGGAGAUGAAGCGUGUCGUGGAAGAGUGCAACCGAUAUCCCAAGACGAACGACGCCUGGGUCGUCGGUGAGACGCCGGUGUCGAUGAACAUGUUCUACCAGUACGUGCGCCGGGGCUACAAGAUGUACGAGCGCGAUGGGACGACCUACCUCCAGGUUCACCAGCUGCGCGACCUGGAGAGCCUGCCGGAAUGGAAACGCUACGGCGUGCACGGACCGUACCCCUGGAAGGAGUGCCUUCAGACGCUCGCACGUUACCUCCGCACGCACAAGACGGUACCGCCGCUCGACAUACACAAGGGCGGCUACGUUGGUCUCGACGCGACGCCGUUUGAGCGGCUGUCCGGGUGUCUCAUGAACGUCAACCAGGCAGAUAGCCGACACCAAGUCGGGUUGCCGCCAGAGAAGCAGGCGGACUUGGACCGCCUCUGCGCACCGUACGGGCUGCGGUGGCGCAAGCGCCGCACUGCAUCCGGGAACAUUGUGAAGAACGACGUCACCAUGAUCACGCAGUCGUACAUUCAGUUCAAGCGACUGUACGAGAGCGCUGACAAGGUGCCAGCGUUUCAGAGGUACCUCAAGCUGCACUUCCCCGGCUACCCAGAGAAGCACAUGCGAAUGGAGACGCUCGACAACCUGCGCAAGGGCACUGUGCCGCCACGUCGAGCCCAGCAGCCGCGACAGGCGAAGCGGGAAAAGAAACGAAAGGGCCAGCAGGCGGCUAGCGCGGCUGCGACGGACCGCACCGUCAUGUGUCGCAUAUGCCGAGAGCACAUUGCCGUUUCGAAGUGGGCCGCACACCUCUCCAGCAAAUCACACCUCCGCGCGCAGAAGGCGCUAUCGUGA